AAGGAAAAAGGAAAUGCCUUUGGCCGAACUCGGGAUUAAACUUCGCACAUGGUGGUUGCGGGUGGCUGGGUGUGAAAUCGACCUCUCCAUGUGACAGGAGAGAUCUCAAGUUAGACGGGUCGGAACUAGGGGAUCCCGACCUGCAAGGUUGCCUUCGGGGUGGUUUAACUCCUGACAGCGAGAGGUCGGUGCGCCUAGGCGGUACUCGCGAGGCUCCAGGGCUUUUGAAAAUGUAGGAGGUAAGGCGUCGGUCCGAAGUCAGUGGAUGGGGGAAACAGUGGUGUCAUUUUAGACUUAGCGGAAGUGGAGCGCUUGAAAGCUUCAUGCAGUUCUCCCAUCAGUUGUGAAAGUGUCGUUAUACUGCGGAUCUCGCAGCUGGUGUGGCUCUGGGAUCAGAAGGUCAUGAAACGAGUGCGCACCGAGCAGAUUCAGAUGGCAGUGUCCUGCUACCUCAAACGCCGGCAGUACGUGGACUCCGACGGUCCCCUGAAGCAAGGACUGCGGCUGUCACAGACUGCUGAGGAGAUGGCAGCCAACCUCACAGUCCAAUCAGAAUCCGGUUGUGCCAACAUAGUGUCUGCAGCCCCUUGCCAGGCAGAGCCCCAGCAGUAUGAAGUACAGUUUGGACGACUACGGAAUUUUCUCACUGAUUCUGAUUCCCAGCAUAGCCACGAAGUGAUGCCUCUCCUCUAUCCUCUCUUUGUCUACCUCCAUCUCAACCUGGUCCAGAAUAGUCCGAAGAGCACAGUGGAAAGUUUUUACAGCCGCUUCCAUGGAAUGUUUCUGCAGAACGCUAGCCAGAAGGAUGUCAUUGAGCAGCUACAGACCACUCAAACCAUCCAGGACAUCCUGUCUAACUUCAAGCUUCGAGCAUUCCUAGAUAACAAGUACGUGGUCCGUCUCCAGGAAGACAGCUACGACUACCUUAUCCGCUACCUCCAAAGUGACAACAACACCGCCCUGUGCAAAGUCCUCACCUUACAUAUCCAUCUUGACGUGCAGCCCGCCAAGAGAACAGAUUACCAGCUCUACGCCAGCGGCAGCUCCUCUCGGAGUGAGAGCAGUGGCCUCGAGCCCACUGACAUGCCUGCCCCUAUUCUGCAGAACGAGGCUGCCCUGGAGGUCUUGCAGGAGAGCAUUAAGCGCGUCAAAGAUGGCCCUCCCUCCCUCACCACCAUCUGUUUCUAUGCCUUCUAUAACACAGAGCAGCUGUUGAACACUGCAGAAAUCUCCCCAGAUAGCAAGCUGCUUGCUGCGGGGUUUGACAACUCCUGUAUAAAACUGUGGAGUUUACGAUCCAAGAAGUUAAAAUCAGAACCCCAUCCAGUAGACGUGUCCCGCAUCCACUUGGCUUGUGACAUUCUGGAGGAGGAGGAUGAUGAGGAUGACAAUGCGGGCACAGAGAUGAAGAUCCUCCGGGGACACUGUGGACCAGUAUACAGCACAAGGUUCCUUGCAGACAGCUCAGGGUUGCUCUCUUGUUCUGAAGACAUGUCCAUUAGGUACUGGGACCUCAGCAGUUUCACCAACACUGUGUUGUACCAAGGACAUGCCUACCCUGUGUGGGACCUGGACAUUAGCCCAUAUAGCCUGUACUUUGCCAGCGGGUCCCAUGACCGCACCGCAAGGUUGUGGUCAUUUGAUCGGACGUACCCGCUGAGAAUAUAUGCCGGACACCUGGCAGAUGUGGACUGUGUCAAAUUCCACCCUAAUUCAAACUACUUAGCCACGGGCUCGACCGACAAGACUGUCCGGCUGUGGAGCGCUCAACAGGGCAACUCAGUGAGGCUCUUCACGGGCCACCGCGGCCCCGUGCUCUCUCUUGCCUUCUCUCCUAACGGUAAGUACUUGGCAUCAGCUGGCGAGGACCAGCGGCUGAAGCUAUGGGACUUGGCCUCUGGGACCCUUUAUAAAGAACUGAGGGGCCACACGGACAAUAUCACCAGCCUCACCUUCAGCCCGGACAGCAGCCUGAUCGCGUCCGCGUCCAUGGACAACUCCGUGCGCGUCUGGGACAUCAGGAACACGCACUGCAGUGCACCUGCCGACGGCUCCUCGGGCGAACUCGUGGGCGUGUACACCGGGCAGAUGAGCAACGUGCUGAGCGUGCAGUUCAUGGCCUGCAACCUCCUUCUAGUGACUGGAAUCACACAAGAAAAUCAGGAACAUUAAAUUUUUUUUUUUUUUUUAAUCUUUGUCGUAAGGGACUGGGGCAGUCAUGGAAAGCCUCCAGGCUGCCAGUCUUAGGACACAUCGAGAUCGAAUCACUGACUGACUGUGAAAGACUCCCUGCUUCUUCCUCUGACCCCUGCUCCCCCCACCCCCCACCUCCAUCCCAUGCAGACAUCCUGAGCUCGUCACCCCUUCACUCGCUGCCCUCCCCCAUAAUGUCGAAGGACCGGAGGGGGAAGGUGCUGUGAUUGGACAUGAGAUGGAGAAGGAAGAGGCUCCAGAGGUCAGAUUGUGAGUUCCCACAAAGAUCCCGCUCGUGUCCUUGUGUGAGCACCUUCGUGUCUCUGUCUCAUUUUCCCGCGCGUAAGAGAUGCUGCUUACCUCGCCGCCGGGUGCUGCAUUUGGGUCCCAGGAUGGUCAUGGGGCACCCUUAGGAGGAGCGGUGCCACCUGCUCACGGCUGCUCCGUCGGCGGGUGCGGGGUGGAUCUUUACCGGUGCAGGAAGGCGGGGCUGGGAACUAGGACCGGGGGCAGGGAUCAUCCUGGCAAAAAGUCUCUCCUUUUCCAUAAUUACAGAGAACCAGGAUUUUUUAUUAUUAUAAUUAUAAUUAUUAUUAUUAUUGAGAAGAGGAAACCUAGCACUGGCAGAGGGGCCUUCUCUGCUCUCAUCUUUCAGGUUUUACUCCUGGCACUGGCUGUGAUACUUGGAAUCUUGAGGUUCAGGGAAUUCAGAGAAUUGGGUAGCACAGUGUUUGGGGAGAAAGGGAAACUUUCUGGGUGAUGGAUGGAUCACUCCGGCUGACAUGUCUAGAAGUGGGGCGGGCGGGGGGAGGGUUGGUUUGAGAAAGUCCUGGGCUCCCGCAGUGAUGGUGGGAGAGGAAGAGGUUCCUCACGGCUGCACUUGUAUGAACAGUUCUCUCCCCCCAAAAGGACAGAUGGUAGUAAAGAAAUGAAAAGGAUUGGAAGUGAUAAGUCAAAAGAUAGAAUUAGAAGAUGUGAAAUUUCCAAAUGCCCAUUUAUUUGGAGGUGUGAGGCUCUCAACGUCUUUUCCUCCUGCCAUCAUUGGCUCCCACCUCCUGCAUUGCAAUAGCGGUUUAACGAACACUUUGUGAAACAAAUCGUAAGUACAUACGCACGCAUCCAAAACUGUGCUUUGAGGAUAAAGCGAGUUCAAAUUCGUGGAAAAAAGGAUUAAAUAUUUCUGUUUUCUGAAAAGAGUUAUUUUGUAUUUUGUUUUCUAUUAAAAUGUAUUUAGUUUCCAAAAAAAGAAAAAAAAAGUGUUGUCAUCUCAUUUAAACCAUGAGGACAGGCGGGUGUGUGGCCUCUCCUGGGUGAUGUGCCCCCCACCUCUCUUGGGGAUAAUAGCCAAUCAUGUCGGCCAAACUGGCCCCAACUCAGGGGCACUCCCACCUGUUCCUGUGUUCUGUUCGGCUUACUUUGAUUCCUCUUGGCAUUCACAGGAAUUAUUGGUAACAUUUACUACUGUUUAUAUAUCCAAGAUUGGCAGUUGCCAACAGGAGACAACAUAUAUUUUACCAUCUAGACUAAUUUGGCAAGAUCCCACUUCUGGUUUUCUUUAAUGAUCCCCAUUAUAAAAUUUCUAAGGGGCUUAAGAACUCUGCUAUAUAAUUAACUUAAACUUUUUCUCAAACAAUUCCAGAUAAAAGACUCGUUCAAAAAUUUAAAUGAUGCCAGAAUUUUUUUAAUGUACUAUGAAACAAAAUUUCCUGGCAAGAACACCAAGGAUUAUGAGGAAAUUAAAGGAAGACUCUAGAAUUCUAUGCCAAAAAAAAAAAAAAAAAACUCAGUUGAGCCUUAGAUACUGAUUAAUAGGAAAUGUUUCUCAUUCAUAAAAACUGAUGUAUUUGAAAUAUUGUAAGAAGGAUCCGUUAGUUCCUCAGCCAGCUUUCCCUUCCACGUAGUGUGCAGGGAAGAAGCCCAGAUAGAAUUCAAAUGUGUUCUUAUCUACAAUAAGUGAACUCUUAGGUUAAAUUGUCUGGUAUAUUGCUAGAACCAAUAAAAUCCCUAAAUUGGGCCUAAUCAUUCUCAGAAGUGAAAAUACCACUGAAUCCUGGAUGAUUUGGAAAGGCUUUGUGUUUGUUUUUUAAUGCAAAAAUUUUUUUAAUUGAACACAAAAAUGUAUUAGGUUGCUCAGUCUUCAAAUGAUUGAUCAUGUAUAUACUUUGUCAUUUGAAUUCAGCCUCUUAAUGUUCUGCAUCUUUGGCCUCUUUUGUUGAACUAACUUUAGUGUGGGAUAAUUUAACUUUAUAGAAUGCCCCUCACAACGCUCCCAGAAUCUUAGAACUAUCAUAAGGGGUAAAUAUGUAUGUUUAUGGCCACAAGGAUGCAUAAGAACAUGCUCUUCAGGUUGCUGUCUUGCAUUUUAUUUCCUCUUCAGAGCAAGUCUGUUAGGCGGAUAGGGCUGGUGAUACUACCAUUUUGUAGAUGAAAUAGCCAAAGCCCAGAGAAGCUCUAUUAUCUAUACACAACGUGGAACGGUCCCAUAGCUUGGAUGUGUUACGUAGAAGUUCUGUAUUCAGUAUCCUCAAGUUCAAGCUGGAGGAUACAGCCCUGAUGACAGAAAAACCUUUUUUUAUUUUUUAUUUUUUUAAAGAUUUUAUUUAUUUAUUUAUUUGACAGAGUUUGAGUGCAAGUAGGGGGAGCGGCAGGCAGAGGGAGAGAGAAGCAGACUCCACGCUGAGCAGGGAGCCUGAUGCAGGGCUCGAUCCCAGGACUCUGGGAUCAUGACCUGAGCCAAAGGCAGACACUUAACUAUGAAACCACCCAGGCGCUCCAGAAAAACCUUUUUUGCUGGGGGGUGGAGGGAACAACAACCUCCAAAAAGGAAAUAUGAAUAUAUAACAUAUAUAUAUGUAUGUUAUUUUCAUAAAGCUCAUGGAAUGAUUUCUGGUAGAUAGUGCUAUCUAUCUACCAGAGAGCCUCCCCAAAGAAUUAGUAAUUCUGGUAGAUAGUGCUAUCUACCAGAAAUCAUUCCAUGAGCUUUAUGAAAAUUAACUUUUUAUCUCCAUAACAACCCAGUGAGAUAAAUGCCAUUUUUGUCUGCAUCUUGAAGACAAGGAUUCUAAGCCCUGUUGGAGUAAGUCACUUUGCCAGAGGGUCACAGAGCUCGUAAACAAUGAAGCCAGAAUCUACAUCUGGGAAGUGUGGCUCCAGAGUUCAUGCCCUUUCCCAGGCUCUUGUCUCCCCUCGUUCCCACAGUACCAGGUAAAGAGUGGCCUGAGGUUACUAGUAGCUAAAUGUUCCUGGCAAUAGUUAUGACUCACGCUUCCCUUUGCCAGGUAAAUCAGCAGCAUCUAGCAGGAUCAGAAACUGGCAGUGAGAACAAACUUAAACAAUAUAUGAUUAAAAGAAACUUGAAAAUAUUCAAUUAUUAUGAACCACAAUGAUAAAUCUCUGCAAUGUAUAUACGGUGCAGGGGGAAAAAAAGCAAAAACAAAAACAAAACAGAAAAAACAAACCUCUUGAAAUUCCGUAGGCUGAUAGGCUCAGAAAAACCUGACUGUAAUUUCAACGUAGCAGUACGCUGGCCAAAAGAAAGAGAACGUUGAAACAAAGGAAAGUAAGAAAUAGAAAUGAAAUGAGAAUCAAUUUGAAAUUUUUUUAUAUAUUCAAGAUCCAGCUUCUAAGGAUAGCUGUGAUUACUAGCUUUUCAUUUGUUUUAUUCAUAUAUUAAAAAUGUCUUGGUUGUAUUAAAAAAAUCCAUUGAAUAUGUAGGCUUCUAAUUUUGCUAUUACCCAGAUUGGUAUUUAAAUAUAUGGAUUAAAAGGUUAGUCUGUA